AACUGUCCUCCCAGCGCAGCAGCCGCGAUCGCAUCUCGGGGCGGGGGUCUCCAUGGGCUCUGCUGCCCCUCUUCUGGCGGGGCUCUGCUGCUGAGAUGCCCCCGGGCGGGCGGUGGGCAGCGGGGCACCAGCUUCCUUCCCUCCUCGGGGCCAGCGGGAUGGCUUCCUCCUCCUCCUCCCCCUCCGGGCAGGGGUCUCCGGGGGCCGCCGGGCUGCUGCGGGGGAGCCGGGCUCGAUCUUACGGCAGCCUGGUCAGCUCGCCGGUGCGCGAACGGCGGCUGGAGCACCAGCUGCGCCCCGGAGACACCCUGCAGGGCCUGGCUGUCAUGUACGGGGUGACGACAGAGCAGAUCAAGAGGGCCAACCGGCUCUACACCAACGACUCGAUCUUCCUCAAAAAGACUCUCUGGAUCCCCACCAAGCCCAAGGCUUUGUCCAACGGACUGAACUUCGAGGAGGAGGAAGAAGAGGAGAAGGAAGGGGAGGGGGAGGCCGUCCCCCCCGAGUCGACCAAGAAGCAGAAGCAGCCCCGGAAGAACGGAUCUUCGGGGGGCUCCGUCCCUAAACACGACCUCUCCGCCGCCGAUUUCCUCUUCAAACUGGAUUCCGAGAUCCGCCGAUCGAAGCAGUUGGCGGCCAAGAAGCUGCGGGAAGGGGAGAGCGGGUGA